CUUCUUCUUCUUCUUCUUCUCCACCUCCCACUAACUUGAUAAUUUAAGAUCCCUUGGAUCUCAGAUGCUGCGCUACAUACAUCCUCUCCGUAUAGAGGGACGGGUAAUUAAAGGAAGGAAAGGGAGGAGGAGGGGUGAGGGACGGCUGUUGUCUCAAGGACCAGGAGCAGGACAGCAGAGAUAACAAACCCCGCUCGCUCCGGCUCCUUGGCCUUUCAAGCAGGCUGCCAAGUCUCAGAGCACCCGGCUCCAGCAGCAGCACCCGGAAAAUAAAUCAAAACCACUUCGUCUCGGAAGUGGGGAAGACACGUGGACGGCUUAUCAGAGUCUUGGAUCAGCGGAGCUGAAACAACCGCAGGAAGCACUCAGUGUUGGCAGUGGACCUAUUGCACACACGCUACCCUCCACGCCACCCUCAACACCACACCACUCCCCUGUGGCUGCUGCUGUUGCUGCCAGCUGCCUAGCGAUGGCCCACUACCCAGAGCCAUACCUCUCCACUCCUCCUUCACCCUCACCUUCACUGUCACCUCCCUCCUCCUCUCCGUCGCCUCUCUCCCAGUGUGACUACAGUGAGUGGAGCCCCUCGCUGGUCUUCAUACCAGUCGUUUACAUGCUGGUGUUUGUCCUGGGGUCGCUAGGCAACGGCCUGGUGCUGUGGAUGUACCUGAGCAGAGCUGGCAAAGGACGAGGGGUGACGCGGGUCAACAGCUGCACUAAAGUCACCAAGCCCCUCAAGGGCGACCCCUCGGCCCCUUCCUCUUUCCGUUCCUCCUCCUCCUCCCCGCCCUGCUCCUCGUCCAGAUCCAUCACGGAGUCGCUCAUCGCCAGCCUGGCGGUGGCCGACCUGGCCUUCGUGCUGACCCUGCCCCUCUGGGCCGCCUACACCGCCAUGGGCUACCACUGGCCAUUCGGCACGCCGCUGUGCCAGCUCACCAGCUACAUCGUCACGCUCAACAUGUACGCCAGUGUGUUCUCGCUCACCGUGCUCAGCGUGGAGCGCUACUGGGUCAUCGCCCGGCGCCGGCGAUGCACCAGGGGCGCCAUGAGAGGGUCCGGGCUGUGCCGGGCGUCCGUCGUGGUGGGCACGGUCUGGCUGGCGGCCGGCGUCCUGGCUCUGCCAGCUCUCCUGCUGAGGACGGUCAAGCAGGUGCCCCUGGAACCAUACCCUGGUGAUAGUGAUGGUGAUGUUGCGUGGGCAGACAUGGAGUUGGACCUGCCUCAGGAUCAUGAUGGUACUGCUGGGUGGGUAGAGUGGGAGGACUACAGUGUUCAGGGUGGCAGUGACGAUGAGUGGUCCACAGAUGUGCCUCAGGAUCAGGGCGCCAUCUCCUCCGCGGGCUUCAUCUCCUUGUGUGACAUGGACUACUCCAGCUUGAUCCCAGAUCAGCUGUCCCCGGAGGAGCGCGAGCGUCUGGAGCUGCUGUGGGCCGCCGCCCUGGGCCUCAAGUCCACGCUGCUGGGCUUCCUGCUGCCGGUGACCGUGCUGCUGCUGUGCUACUGCUCCCUGGGCCGCCUGCUGGCGCAGCACUUCCGCGAGGGCCCGCGUCCCGACCGCAAGCGUCAGCGCCGGCUCCUGCGCGUCAUCGUCACCCUGGUGCUGGCCUUCUUCCUGUGCUGGCUGCCCUACCACGUCAACAAGAGCCUCUCCAUGCUCAUGCAGCUGCAGCUGCUGCCCAACUCCUGCCCCCUCGGACGGCUGCUGGUGGUGGCCCACCCGUACACCAUCUGCCUGGGAUACAUCAACAGCUGCCUCAACCCGCUGCUGUACGCCUGCUGUGACACAGCCUUCCGCAGACGCUGCCGGGCGCUGCUCAAGAAUCUAUGGUGCGGGUCGAGGUGUUGCAGCAGAGGGGCGGUAGUAGAGGAGGAGGAUGAGGAGGAACAGGAAGAAGAGGAAGAGGAGGAGGAGGGAGAGGAAGGCUAUAAGGGCAGUAGGAGCUCCAUCCACACUGGGUUACAGGCGGACACAGGAGAUGAGCAGACGGAAAUCACAGAAGGGAACUGGAAUGGACAGCUCAGAGGGGUGGGAAAGGGGGAAACAGAUCCCUGUGGGACGCCACAGUUAUAGUUUCCAAAUAACUUUUUUAGCGUGUGGUGGAGAUAUCACUGGUUUUCUACGACCACCAAGUAUAGAUGUUGGAGCUGACUUUCUGGUGGGAAAAAUAAUUUGUUUAUUUUGUUUAUUGGACUUUUUUUAUAAGACUUAUUUUUGUUGAAGAAUUUCACAUUCUCUGAAGAACUAAA